AGCCGUCGUUUGCCUAACGAUGCGUGCGCUGGUGAAUUUGACACACACCGUCAUUCAAAUGUACAUCAUUGUUUUGGGGGACACAGAUGUAUUAUCUGUAGUUGCAUUUUUUCCACGAACAUCUCUAUCUCUCUCAAUCAUAAACAAACGAAGUGUUCAUCAAUUUGCAGCGAAAAACCAGAAAAAAGUGUGCAUUGAAUAGAAAAUUUUGAGUUUUUCCCUGGUGCGUGUGUGUAUUUGCUGGCGAAAAAAUUCGUUCGACAAAUUAUGGAGGAAUACGAUGAAAAUGGUUAUUCGGCUGAGCUGAAGGAAAGGCCUGUUUGUAGGUUCUGUCUUACAACAGAUGAAGCAUUGACCAAUAUUUAUUCGAUCAAAAGUAAUACCAAUUCACAAGUGUCGCUCACCAUGCAAAUUAUGGCCUGCGUUUCGAUUGAGGUAUUUGCUGAUGAUGACUUGCCGAAUACAAUAUGUUAUCCAUGUCGAUUGCUGAUGGAUUACUGCUAUCGAUUCAAGCAAAUGUGUAAGAAGGCUGACACAUUGUUGAAACAGUAUCCGUUGACUGGAAUUUGGCCCGAUCGACUGGAACAUCCGAAAUUUCCGGUUAAACUAGCUCAGCCGAUAAAAACGAUAAAUGCGGAUCGUGAGCCGUUGACGGCGCAAACGUUAAAGCGUAAAUUGCCUCAAACGAUAACGAUAAGUUCGCCGCCAAAACGAAUGAUGCCAUCGAAGAUUGAGAAUGAAAUACCAAUUGAGGAUAUGGUGGUUGAGUUUGCCGAUGAGCAAAUUACUGACGACAUAACGGCGUCGCCUCCAAAAAUACUCAAUAUUGUAAGGCAAGCGCCGAUAAAAAUCCUCAAUAAACAUGCAUCGAUCAAAUCGAUUGAGCCAGUGUUGCGAACGCCGAUUUUAAAAACCAAUGAGGAUGGUAACAUUGAGGUUGUAUCGGAGAUUAUGGAGACCUACGAGUCGGACGUGGAUCCAAUAAAAAAUGCGUUACCAGUCGAAACGAAUGUGUUCCCGUGCCAUUACUGUGAACGUUCAUUUCCAUUGCGUCAGCUGUUGGACAUUCAUGUGGCCAAUCAUGUACGCGAUCGGAAGUUCCAGUGCAGCGUAUGCAAUAAGGGAUUCUUCAGCAAGUAUGAUUUGGGCAAACAUGAACUGAUUCACACAGGAGAGAAGCCGUUCAAGUGUGUGGUUUGUGGAAAGGCAUUUUCACGAUCGACAUUGCUGCGACGACACGAAAAAAUCCAUUCGGAUCAACCGAAAUUCUUGUGCGCUUAUUGCGAACGGCCAUUCUUGUCGAAGGAAGAAUGGGAGAAACACACGCAAAACCAUCAGAAGAAACGACCAUUCAAGUGUGACGUGUGCAACAAGGGAUUCGCUUUUAAACAAGGCCUUGAGCGACAUGAAGUUGUUCAUUCAAGAGAUCAACCAUUCAAAUGUGAACACUGCGACCAAGGAUUCUCAACACAAGGCAAAUUGGCACGACAUUUGACAGCCCAUGCCGGCGAUCGUCCAUAUCCAUGUCGAAUUUGUGACAAAUCCUAUUUGCUGAGCCAUCAUUUAACGCGGCACAUGCGUUCUCACAAAGAAAAUAGUCAAAUCAUCCACAAAUGCACGGAAUGCGAUCUCUCCUUUGGAAAACGCGACGAAUUGGUUGCUCAUUCGUCGUUGCAUGCAACGGAAAAUCUCAUAUGCCCACUAUGCAAGACAACAUUUGAAAGUGUCGAUGAAGUUUCCGAACAUAUAAAACAGCACACCGAAGGCGAGCAAUUUGCCUGCGAAUUCUGCGAUUUAAUCUUUUUGACCGAGACCCAAUUGCACGAGCACAGUGACACCCAGCACUUGGAAGAGAUUGAAUUGUACGACAUGGCGAAUGCGAAUGAGGAGAGUCUUGAUGAAGAAGGUGUUGAAUAUGCAUCGGUCAAACCGGAAUCGGAUGAAAUCAUUGAAUACACCGAACAAGUUGAGGUCAUAACACCCGAAGAGCUGAAUGAGGUGUCACCGAAACCGAAACCGGCCAAUCGUAGCUAUGGAAAAGCCACCGCCAAACCGAUUGUCAAAACGACAAAACCUGUGGUUAAAUUGGAGGAAAACAGUUCAAAUACACCGAGCGCUACGGUUCGUUCUCCAAACACUCGAGCUUCAGUGUCGAAAAUUGCACCACCAGCCAACGAGAAAACAUUCGAAAAACCCAUCAGUACACGAUCGAGCAAAACUUCACCCAGCAAAUCGAUUACACCGGAAAAAACACCAACGGUAGCGGUGACGGCUCCAGCUAAAAAAACCAUAUCACAAACUUCACUCACCAAAUUCCUUACCAUCAAACCCAAAUCGGAUGAACAAAGCGAUUCCAACACACCAACGCUCAAGAAACUCAUUCCAUUACCAACGUUGAAAACGAUCAACAAGGAUGAUGCGAAAGUCACCACCACUAAAGUCGGCAAUAAAUUGGUCAAAGUCAAACAAAUUCGCAUGACCAAAGCACAACUUGAUGCACUCACGAAAGAGGGCAAAAUCGAAAUGCGCGGCAAUCAAGUGAUCAUCAAAAAAAACUCACCAAAGAAAAAGUAAUCGAUUUGGCGUUCGGAAGAUAAGUCUUUGGACAAUGACUUUUGUUGAUGCCAUGAUUCUAUGGUACAUCAAACGGCUCCGGAAUGUUCAGCACACUUACAGUGCCAACAAGUCAAUUCGAUUCAGAAACUUUUUGACAUUUGUAUUUCCUUCUUUUAAGUAGUUUUUAGUUUUUUUUUUCGGUAGUUUUUAGCAUUGCAAUUGCAAUUCCAUUGCUAACAAUGGAAAUGAUCACUAAAAUGACAAUCACAUCAGUUCAAUUCAGAUUUUUUUUUUGAACAAACUUUUUUCUUUUCUUUUCAUUGCGUGGGCAAGAUUUCCGAAAAAAAAUUGAAAUUCCUCUUAAAAGAGAAUCAAAUUUUCUCGGAAUGAAAAAAGUCUUGAAAAUGUCUAAAACGAAAAACUUUUGUAAAAGUUCCGGAAUGAAAAGAAAACAAAUAUCUGAAAAGCGUUUUUCAAAAAAUUGCCAUCACUUCCCAUGUGAACCAUUUGCGGAGAAAUUCCGUGCACAGCGGAGCUGUGCGGAGUUCGGCGGAGAUGCCAUACAUACACUAUAUCUAAAGCAGUGCGCUCAUGGCUACUUAGAUGUGUAUUGAACAAUAGAAAUGUAAACACAGCAAAGAGUGCUGUUUCGCUCACACGUAUAGCGUAUGUACGGUAUCUCCUCCGAACUCCGCACAGCUCCGCUGUACACUGGAUAUCUCCGCAAAUGGUUCAUUUGGGUUUCUCUCUCUAUCCUCAGAUUAAAAGAGUAAAAUAUAUGGAAUUUGUUCUCAAAUCUCAUUUAAGUUGAAUUUUUUAACAAAAAAUUUUCUUUUUUUUUUGUAUUCAUCUUGAUUUUUUCGUUGUCAUUUUGAUUUAAAUCAAAAGAAUGUCACAUAAAUUUACUUUUCUCAUAAAAAAGGUCAAAAAUGUCAAUUUUAAUGGCAAAAUUCUGUAGAGAAACAAGAAGAAAUCAAUAGUUAAUUGCUUUAAAAAAAAAAUGUGUUGUAGAUUUGUAGAAGAGCUAAAAAAAAGUGCUUACCGUGGCUCGUUUUAUAUAAAACUUUCUCUUUGAGCAUAUUUUAAUUUGUAACCAAAAACCAGUUGAAUAAAAGAAAAUAAAACGAAAAGUUUCGUGUAAAUAGA